CCCAGGUUUCGACAAAAUGACAGAUCUGGGAGGAGAUGCAUAGGAGAGAGCGAGGGAGAGAGUGUGUGUUCGUGUCAGCAACCUUGCAGGGAUACUCACGAAACAGACCACCUUCCAAUGCACCAAAAAUCACACGGCAAGCCAGGAGCGCACCCCAAGUCUUGCAGAAACCCAUGGCGAUUGUCAGAAUCCCCCAACAAAACCCGAUGACCCCCAAAAAGGUCGCCGCACCGGUCUUUCUCAUGACGAACCCCGCGGGAAAGUCAAAGACUAUGUACCCGAUGAAGAAGACCAUGGUGACGACCGAGUAGCGAUUCCCAAUCGACAUGCCCAGUGCUUCGUCCAUGCCGGCGAGCCGGGCGUUGGGGAGGUUGAGACGGUCGACCAGAGACACUGCGUACAAUGCGCCGCACAGAGGCAAAAGGCGCCGGUCGACCUUGCGCAUGAUUCCCUUCUCUUGGUGGCGUACUUCUGCAGAGACGGAAUCGCCACUCUCGAGUUGGACGAUAUCUUUGGGGUCGUGCAGGUCGGACGACGAGGGCGUUGUCUUUACAAAGUCGACGUGCUCCGAAGACAUUGUCUUCUCUGGCUGAGAAUGGUCCGUAGUCAUGACACCAACAGACAGAAGGGUUCGUUUCGGAUCGAGCAACAGUAGAAUGGGACUGUCUAGGAAGCCGUGAAGAACUUGGGGGUCGCGUGAAAGCCUCCGUACCAGGGAAACACAGACCAAACAGGUUAUUUUAUACCGUCCCCGGAAAGCAUUCUGCCAUGUCCCCCAUGGGGGCGAGACGACUCGAAUGAAUCAAGUUUACACUUGAACCUAGACCGAUUUGCCCCAGCAAGAGAGCAAGCGACCUACGGAACAAGCUACUUCGACUCGUCUGGGCGCUCAAUCACGAACACAAAGUCGGAUGUUUCGACCAAUAAAUGUACGGUAUCUUACUCUUGUCCUCACCUUGCCCGAAAGAGAGAUUUUGCCAGAGCUGGAUGCCAUCCACCAAUCUCUGGUCUUCGCGCUGACCGAUUGGCCGUCGAUGCCGAGGACGUGGAGAUUGUGGAUUCAGACAAGAGAGAUGCGGGCCGCCCACCUGGGCUAUGGCCGUGGUAGAAGACCAAGUUCCAAAGUAAGGCCGGGGGAAACAGCUUGGUGGUUUUUCAAGACACGAGUUCAUUCACUUGAUACAAGGUGAACAUUUCGUCUCGAGGCCUCUGUUUCCUUGAGCGUCGAAGACAAGUCCCGACGGUCUUCUUUUUCCAACCGAUUCUAGCGGGCGAAGACUGCUGUGGCUACUUUCUUUGGCGUCAUGUCACCGUCAGAACAUGUGAAUGGGGAGCAGGUCCAAGCAGGACAGAAAACGUCGCCACCGAAUGGACAGAAGCCCGCAGCGAGCUCAGCCAUGCGCGCUGUCGAACAGAUAGGCUAUCACGAAGCGACUCGCUUCGGAGGGCAUCACCUCGCGGAGAAUGUCAGUCGAGUCGUGGACCAGAAUCCAGGCCUGGGAAGAAGUAUCCUGGAGGCAUUCGGAGUGAACCUGGCCAACACGGUGUUUAGCUACCGCGAAUGGGCAUUGAUGACAAUCGGUGUCUUGACGGCCAUGGGAGACACGGGGGAUCAAUUGAACGUCUACGUCCGCGGUGCAAUUCAACACGGUGCGACCAGAGAAGAGAUCCAGGAUGUCUUCAAGCAUGCCAAUUCAUUCAGUGGCGCCCCUCGAUCGGUCAACGCGGUCCGCGCCACUUGGUCUUUGAUCUCGUCCUUGCUGCCGGAAAAUCCUCUGGGGUACAAAGAGCACAUUGUCCGCUUGGGAGACCACGACACACUCGUCCGCGACAGUUCAGGCUCAGGUGUCCCCAUCAUCCUAAUACAUGCGUUGAGUAUGGAUAGCAGAAUGUGGCGAGAAGUCUUUCUCCCCAUGGCGGCGAAUGGGUCCAGAAUCAUCGCCUACGACCUUCGCGGUCACGGGUACGCCCGGGGCGCACCGUUGACCGAGAGUCUCGAACAUCUGUGCAAGGAUCUUGAACUUCUACUUGAUAACAUGGGCAUCGAAGCUGCUGACAUUUACGGUGCCUCGUACGGGGGAGCCGUGGCCCAGUAUUUUGCACUGGACUAUCCUCACCGAACACGCUCACUCGCCGUUCUCGCCACUGCCGGUAAAGCACCCGAGGUUCUAGGUACCAGGGCAACCCGUGCAGAGCAAGAUGGCAUGGACUCUUUGGUUGCUGAAUCCGUCAUCCGCUGGUUCCUGCCGGAGACGAUUGCUGAGGAUACCUGGUGUGUGCGUUAUGCCCGAGGUUGCGUACGCCGGGCCAGGGUUGAGGAAUGGGCAGCAGCCUGGAGGGCCAUGGCCACGCUGGAUUGCCUGGACAGGUUAAAAGAGUUGAGGAUCCCGGUGUUGGUCCUUUCUGGAAGGCAGGAUCUCUCUUCUACGACACCUAUGAUGAAGGCUAUUGCAGAGGCUUGUAAAAACACUGACGCUCGGUUCGAAGAGGUCGACCCCGGGACGCACAUGAUGGUCAUGGAACAGCCUAAGCCCGUGGCUGACAAGCUUAUCGCUUUCCGAGAGGCAGUUGACCGGAAAUGAGAUAAUUGGUAGAACUGAACGAUAGAUGAAAAGAUGAGGUCGACGGAGGGCGUUUUGCCUUGAUCUCGUUUCCGAGAUUCUCGAAGUCGCGGUCCAGACGACCUAAACCUUUGAAUACCUGCGUAAAUGCGGC